AUGGCCACCCCCUCCAGCCCCGCCCCCGCCCCCUCCCCCUCCCCCGCGCCGCCCGCCUCCUCCGCCUUCCCCCUCACCGCCGCCACCGCGCGCUUCCCCCGCUCCACCACGCGCGCGUCCGCCCUCGUCGAGCGGCGCCGCACCCGGCGGCGCCGGCUGGGCGAGGGCGCGGGCGGCGACCGCUCGGCGGCCGCGGGGGCGGUGGAGAAGGGCCUGCGCCUCGCCUUCCUCGAGCAGCUCGCGGAGCGCGCGCGCGCCGCGGACGCCGCAGGCGUCGCGGACGCCAUCUACGACAUGGUCGCCGCGGGGCUCUCCCCAGGGCCUCGCUCCUUCCACGGCCUCGUCGCCGCACACGUUCUCGCCGGCGACGCAGAGGGCGCCAUGCAAUCUCUUAGAAGGGAGCUAAGUUCUGGGGUGCGCCCUUUACAUGAAACAUUUGUGGCUUUAGUCCGUGUUUUCGCCAAGAAGGGUCUUGCUACCAGGGGCAUGGAGAUUCUCGCUGCUAUGGAGAGAUAUAAGUAUGAUAUUCGCAAGGCUUGGUUAAUUCUUGUAGAGGAACUAGUCAAGAAUAACUAUCUGGAGGACGCCAAUACAGUAUUUCUGAAAGGAACAGAAGGUGGUUUACGAGGGACUGAUGAAAUUUACGAUCUUUUGAUUGAAGAAGAUUGUAAAGCUGGUGAUCACUCCAAUGCUCUUACAGUUGCAUACAAAAUGGAGGCUGAUGGAAGAAUGGCAACCACAUUCCAUUUCAAUUGCCUCCUAAGUGUGCAGGCUACUUGUGGAAUUCCUGAGAUUGCUUUUGCAACAUUUGAAAACAUGGAAUAUGGAGGUGAAGACUAUAUGAAACCGGAUACCGAGUCCUAUAAUUGGGUCAUACAAGCAUUUACUAGAGCUAAAUCCUAUGACAGAGCAGCAGAUGUGGCUGAAUUACUAGGCAUGAUGGUGGAAGACCACAAACGUAUUCAGCCUAAUGCAAGAACAUAUGCGUUGCUAGUGGAGUGCUUCACCAAGUACUGUAUGGUUAACGAAGCAAUAAGACAUUUUCGCGCCUUACGGAGAAUCCCUGGUGGAACAAAAGUUUUGUACAAUGAAGGGAAUUGUGGUGAUCCGCUUUCUUUAUAUCUACGAUCUCUUUGCCUUGAUGGAAGAGCUGAUGAGUUGCUCGAGGCAUUAGAGGCAAUGGCUAACGAUGGUCAGACUAUUGCACCCAGAGCAAUGAUCUUAAACAGAAAAUAUCGCACGUUGGUGAGCACCUGGAUAGAACCGUUACAAGAAGAAGCAGAUGUUGGUUUCGAAAUUGAUUAUGUUGCCAGAUAUAUUGAAGAAGGGGGUCUUACAGGUGAGCGCAAACGCUGGGUGCCUCGAAGAGGGAAAACUCCUUUAGAUCCAGAUGAAUUUGGGUUUGCCUAUUCAAACCCUAUAGAGAUAUCGUUUAAACAGCGCUGCUUUGAGGAAUUGAAGUUAUAUCAUCGUAAACUCCUAAUAACACUGAGGAAUGAAGGCCCUGGUAUAUUAGGUGAUGUUUCUGAAGAUGAUGUACGAAGAGUUGUUGAAAGACUAAAAAAGUUAGUUGUAGGGCCAAAGAAAAAUGUUGUUAAGCCCAAGGCAGCUAGCAAAAUGGUAGUAUCUGAGCUGAAGACUGAGCUAGAGGCACAAGGGUUGCCUACAGAUGGAACUAGGCAGGUACUUUACCAGCGGGUUCAAAAGGCUAGGAGAAUCAAUCGUUCACGUGGCAUACCACUUUGGGUUCCUCCUGUGGAAGAUGAGGAAGAGGUUGAUGAAGACAUAGAUGAAUUGAUCUCACGAAUCAAGCUAGAAGAUGGGAAUACAGAGUUUUGGAAGCGUCGUUUUCUGGGAGAAACUCGAAAUUAUCUUUGUGAAGAAGAUAAUAAUGAAGAAGAUGCAGAUUUAGAUGAUGAGUUGGAUGAUGAUGAUGAUGACGAUGACGAUGAAGAUGAUGCCACAAAAGGAGAAGAAGAUGAGAUCGAUGAGGAGGAUGUUGUUGAACAAACAGAAAAUCAAGCCAGAGAUGAAACUAAGGACAAACCAUCAAAAGGGCCCAAGCAAUAUCUUCAAAUGUUAGGAGUCCAAUUAUUAAAGGAUCUAGAAAAGACACCAGUUUCAUCAAAGAAGUUAAAAAGGGUACCUGAGAUUGACGAUGAUGAAGAUUGGUUUCCUGAAGAUCCUAUUGAAGCUUUUAAGGUUAUGCGCGAGACAAGGUUGUUCGAUGUGUCAGAUAUGUAUACUACCGCAGAUGCCUGGGGAUGGACAUGGGAAAGGGAGAUUAAAAAUAAGAUGCCACGCAAGUGGUCACAAGAAUGGGAGGUUGAGUUGGCUAUCAAGAUAAUGCAUAAGGUAAUAGAGCUUGGUGGGAACCCGACGAUUGGAGAUUGUGCCAUUAUAUUGCGGGCUGCAAUGAGAGCACCAAUCCCAUCUGCUUUUAUGACAAUAUUGCAGACAACGCAUAGCCUUGGCUAUAAAUUUGGAAGCUCUCUGUACGACGAGGUGAUCCUGCUGUGCCUUGAUCUGGAGGAAAUCGAUGCAGCCAUUGCAGUGGUAGCAGAAAUGGAGACGAAUGGAAUCAAGGUACCCGACGAGACCUUGGACAAGGUGCUUGCUGCUAAACAGUCUGGAAACUCUGCACUCCAACCACCACCUGCAGAGGAAGAGGAGUAAUCUGCUUAGAACAAGGAGCCCCUUUGCAGCUGUGAAGCUGGUGAUCCAGCACCAGAUUUGUCAGCUCCAUUCCAUGGAUCAUCGCCUUGAGCUUGCACGAUCAACUUUGGCAGUGAUGUAUAAUUACAAGCUCAGAAGAUCUUACACGCAACAUGCUUGUUACCCCAUGCAAUCAUGCAUCAGUCAGCCCCCUCCAUUCGAUACAUUUGUAGACAAGACAAACCAGUUUUGAUAUAUGAAAUGGAACGUGCUCUUCUACUUGUUAAUCCCACUACACUGAUGUAUCCUGCUUGGAAUAUGGGAAUUGCAUACAUUCUAGUACAGGCUUGACCAUUUCAUACAUCGUUUGAAGCUUUGUC